UUUCGUGUUGGACCCUGAUGUGGGUCAGCUGCAGUAUUUCGUGAGCGAGCAGGGGCGGAGUCAGAAGGCCCGCGGAUCCCUGCCUCUGAUUGGUGCGUCUGUGACGGCGAGCGACGAGGCGCCUCACAUGUUCAUCGUCAGCUCGGCCAAUGGGGAGCUCUUCAAACUCAGAGCGGUGGACGCCACAGAACAGCAGCAGUGGAUGACGCAACUACAGGCGUGUACCAGACGCCACUCCGACAGCAGUGCCAAGAUGAGAAAACUAAAGGAUUGUGACGAGCAUAUGUGUGUCGACCGAACUCAGAACACAUUGGACGCACAGGGUUCGUCGGGCCGAACGCGGAGUUUCUCUCUGCUUCCUCACCUCCCUCCGUCUUCCUCUCCUGCAUCUCAGAGACAUCUCCCUCACCACGGGCCUCAGAGCAACAUCGUUACCAUCACGCACCAUAAGUCGCCUGCAGCCGCCCGCCGUGCCAGAAACCAGUACCCAGAGCGCCUCCUGGAGGUCAAAGAGGUUAUGAACCAGGCCGAGGGUCAGCAGAAGAGUCUGGUCCAGUCCAUCGAGUCUCUGCCGAUGCGAGGAUCCCUGUCCUGCCUGGAUCAUGACCUGCUGCUGCUGAAAGCCACCUCUGCCGCCACCCUGAGCUGCCUUGGCGAGUGCCUGACUAUAUUACAGCAGAGUGCCGGACACGACCGCGGGCCGCCCUCCGGUGAGUCCAAUACGGACACCCUACAGACGCCUGUGCCUCCUCCAGACCCGGAGCCGGCCAAAGAUCAGGGCGAGGUUGACUGCGGCCCCUGUCCGUAUCUAACGGGCCCCAUGCAGCUAAACGUUUGCAAUAAUUGUUGUUAUAAUGUUCCCGUGUGGACCGUCCCAAAGUCGCCCUCAGGAGAACUUCUGAGGAACAGCGGUGCUGUUACCCGGAGCUCCACUGAGCCCUCGCACUCCCUCAGGAAACCAAACUUGCUGCAGAACACUGAGGAUGGGAUGGAAGUGAUUUCUCCUGAGGAGGAGGUGAUGGAUUCAGAUGAUAACACUGAAGAAGAUCUGGGUGUGUUGGACGACCAGAGGAGCGUCAUUCUGCAUCUGCUGUCUCAACUCAAACUGGGCAUGGAUCUCACACGGGUUGUUCUUCCCACAUUCAUCCUGGAGAAGCGUUCACUGCUGGAGAUGUACGCUAACUUCAUGGCACACCCGGACCUGUUCCUGUCCAUCUCUGCCGGAAGCACCCCGGAGGAGCGUAUGAUGCGUUUCGUUGAAUAUUACAUGACCGCCUUCCAUGAAGGACGUAAGGGUGCCGUCGCCAAAAAGCCCUACAACCCGGUGCUGGGCGAGACCUUCCACUGCUCGUGGGAGGUUCCACAAGAUCGAGUCUGCCCUCUGAGGACUGAGACCAACCCCAGGACUAAUCAGGAGGUGACGGGGGCGGGGUCAGACCCUUACAGGGUGCGUUUCGUGGCGGAGCAGGUUUCCCAUCAUCCUCCAGUGUCUGGGUUUUACUGUGAGUGUGCUGAGAGAGGCAUGUGCGUCAACACACACAUCUGGACCAAGAGCAAGUUCAUGGGCAUGUCAGUGGGCGUCUCUAUGGUAGGAGAAGGCGUGUUGUACCUGCGCGAUCACGGGGAGGAGUACGUGUUUACAUUCCCGAGUGCGUACGCUCGAUCCAUCCUCACCGUGCCGUGGGUGGAGCUCGGAGGAAAAGUCACCAUCAGCUGCGCUAAGACCGGAUACUCGGCCAACGUCACAUUCCACACCAAACCCUUCUACGGGGGCAAAGUUCACAGGGUCAGUGCAGAGGUGAAGCAAAACUCCAGCGGGACGGUGGUGUGUAAAGCUCAGGGCGAGUGGAACGGGACACUGGAGUUCAUCUACAGCAGUGGAGAGACCAAAGUCAUCGACACAAACAAACUGCCCGUCAUCAGGAAGAUGAUUCGCCCCGUCGAGAAACAGGGCCGGACCGAGUCCAGGCAUCUCUGGCAGCAUGUGACCGCGGUGCUCAAGGAAGGAAACGUUGAUCUGGCCACUGAACACAAGCAUGUGUUAGAGGAAGACCAGCGAUCAGAUGAGAGACAGAGAGCUGCCAACAACAUGCCCUGGAAACCCAAAUACUUCAACAAAGAGGAUGACGAAUGGGUCUACAGAAACCCCUUAUGGAAAACACAUUGAAGAAAGGAAGAUGAACGCUGAUCAGACUAACACAGGGACUGAAAACAAACCGCAAAAAUCAAAAACAGGAGAAUAAUGAUGCAUCACACUACAGACUGUACAGAAACCAGUGUGUAUAUAUGAGAACAUGGACACAUAGAACAGACCUUUUAUACACUGUAUAAAUGAUAUAUUAUUUUUCACGAUUAUAACCGAGCCUUUGUGGAUAUGCACAUGUACACAGUAUUUAUGUGAUCUGUUACUAGAUGAUUUGUUAACAGAGUAAGAGUUAUGGAUUUACAUCCAGUGUGCAUUUAACAAUGUGGACAAGAUGUUCAGAAUCAAAUUCAGUAUUUCACCCC